UUGUUGCUGGGUGUGUGUUGUCUGGAUUCUGUAUAUAGUCCUACAGAACAGACAGUGCACAGUCCACAUGUGCAGGGGUGGACUGACAACUCAGGGGCCCCCGGGCAAGAGGGGAUCAUGGGACCCCUGUGUCCUCACCCACACCCAAAAAAGCCUAUGAAAAGGUACCAGGGGCAUCUCAUGGGGCCCCCUACCGACCCCGGGCCCUCGGGCAGUGCCCGAGUUCCCAAAUGGUCAGUCCGCCCCUGCACAUGUGUUUAUCUGCUGCUUCUCUGCAAACAG